GCUCUCUUCUCUCUCUAUCUUUCGAAAGAGAAUAGUGGAGAGCCAGCCCAUGGCUGCCUCUGGAGGCCUUAAGCAUAUCUUUGAGCACUCAUUAGCAGAAACACCAACACUGUUUGGGACCUCUUCCUGGAAACAAAUCAAGCCUACUUCUCAAAUUCGACCGACCGAACAAUCUUCCAUGAUCUUUGGCGAGCUUUAUUUCAAGGAGAACUCCGAGUUACCAUCACAUUCCUUCCCUAUUUCACCUUUUUCUUCAGCAAUAUUGAAUCACUCUUCCAGGGAAGAUGAAAACAACAUUGGUAGUUCGAGCAACCCAAAAGUGCUCCAUAAAAAGAAUUUUUCGUCGAACUCGGAGGGCCCGCAAUUGUGCAACGAAGGGCUCGGUUCCGAGAGCUGUGAUGAUGCCUGGGACAACGACACUACAAAUGAGAUGAUACAUGAGUGGCAAAGUAGCAAGGACAAGAUAGAUGAAGCGAGCGGCAUAUUGAAUGAAAAGAGAGGGAAUGUGCAUGGUGAAUUGAAGGUCUUUAAGUUGAGAAGAUCGACCAGAGUCGAAGACUUUCCGCCGCCGAUAUCAUGCAUAGGGAAGAAUGGGAAGCCGUUGGUUUCGUUCAAAUCUUACAGGCAGGACGGGAGGUUCGUGCUUAAACAGGUGAGGACCCCUACGCAAGAGUUGUUGCAUGCAUGUAGGGAAGAUGGGAGGUUGAAGCUGCAAUUUAUGUAGCCAAAUGACGAAUCAAUGGAACACCAAGGAUUUGAGGAAGGAC